GUUUCCUUCUCCGUCAAGUCUUCUUCACAACUCUCUCGCGAUUCAACCUCCCCACAAUAGCAGAAAAUAUUGCUUCAAUCUCACAUGGCUUCUUUGUGGCUUCUCAUACACCUCCUUAAAUGCAUUGAUUUUCUUUCAUGGCCCGUUCUUGCUCUGGGUUAUCCUCUAUGUGCUUCCGUCCGAGCAAUUGAGAAUGAUAACAAUUCAGACACUCGGAAUUUGAUCUCUUAUUGGAUCCUUCUCUCAUUGAUAUACCUCUUCGACUAUGCUUUUCUGAAGCUUCUCCAAUGGUUUCAGUAUUGGUAUUACAUGAAGCUAAUGAUCGUUGUUUGCCUUGUGAUACCGGACUUUGGAAGAUCUUCUCAUGUAUACAAUCAGCUCAUUCGGUCGUGCAUCUACAUGAAUCCCCGUGUAGCCAUAAGAAAAUUCAGGAACUGGAAAAGGGUCUUUGUGGAGAAAGAAGACUUUCUAAUGCUGGCUGAGAAAUAUAUAACAGAGAAUGGAACUGGGGCCUUAGAGAAACUCAUUGCUUGCAAGAACACACAGCAAAACCUUGAAGUUGAAGCGAAAAAGGCCGCUCCAACUGCAGAGAAGAAUGACACGCAGCAGAACACAGCACAAAAUCUUGACACGGGAACGGAAAAAACGGUUCGUACCAUAGAGAAGAGUGAAGCACAGCAGACAAAUAAAGUAAGGCUUCCCUUGGAACAGAAAGACAUAAAAGACUUGGAGAUGAUUGAAAAAGAGGAAAUCCCCAAUGGCAAGCCAAUCUUCACCUUUAUGCCACAGACUAAUACAGCGUUGUGCAGCCCCAGAUCAAAUAAGAUCUCCUUAUCUAACAUAUCAAAAACUGAAGGAAUGGUGGCAAAAUACACAGAAGGUCGAGCAUCUCCUCAUAUUUCUUCAUCUAAUGAAUUUCAGAAAGAGUGGACUUGUGCCAUAUGCCAGGUGAGAACAACUUCCGAGGCUGACUUGAAUUGUCACUUGCACGGGAGGUUGCAUAAGGCUGCGUGCGAAGCACUGAAAGCGAAAAAACCAGUCUGUUGCUGUGGAAGUUUCUGUGAAGAAAAAUGA